AGUUUGGGUCCGCGGCAUGGUCUGAUGGUGCAGUGUUGCAUCAAGCGCCCACGGGGCCAUUCACCAGCCACCAGUCCCCAGCUGUUGGCCGGCUCGCGUGGUCGCGUUCAGCCCAUUGACCCACAAUCGCGUUAACACAAACAUGUAACUUUGCGCGGGAAAACUGUUUUUUUUUUUUAAUUUGAUCCAAAGAGUCCGCUAUCAUGGAGUCCGAAAAAAAGGCGGAACAGAUCGUGCCAGUGCAGAAACCUAAUUACAUGCUGAUGUCCUUGCAGAGGAUACUAGUGCUGUCUGUUAUUAUAGCCGGCGUUGUUGUUGUUGUUCAUUAUACGCCGAUGCCAGAGGAAUACUUCGAAAACUGCGAUCGAGAAUGCCAUGAACUAGACUGGCCCAUGAUAUGUCGCGUAAAACUAGUCAUAGAAGUUUACAAAACACUAAGCAAAUCCUGCGGCAGCUGUGCAGAUAAAGAUGGUGGCGAUUGUCCCGCGAUGUGCAUAUCAGCGGACGGGCGCGUGCGUGGGGUCCUAUCCGCCAACCGCGCGCUGCCCGCGCCCGCGCUGCACGUCUGCGAGAACGACAUCCUCGUCGUGGACGUCGUGCAUCGUGCGCCCGCCCAUGCGCUCUCCAUACACUGGCGCGGGCAGCCCCAGAAAGAAACCCCUUUCAUGGAUGGAGCUCCUAUGCUCACCCAGUGUCCCCAACCGGCGUACACCACCUUCCAAUACAAAUUCCGCGCCUCCGCCGUCGGCACCCAUAUGUACCACGCCCAUUCAGCAGCUGACGCCGCCGAUGGCCUCGCUGGUGCGUUCGUCGUUCGCCAAUCCCCUCGACUCGAUCCACUUAGCAAGCUAUAUGACGUAGACGCCACCGAGCAUACGAUUUUCAUAGCCGAAUGGGGACACUCCAUGGGCCCCCUCGCUGGUAUGAUGUCCAACGUACCCAAUGCUGAAUCGCUCCUCAUAAACGGACGAGGCAGAACCCCCGAGUCACCAGACGCACCUCUGUCCAAGUUCAACGUCGAAUACGGGAAACGAUAUCGAUUCAGGCUGGCAUACGGCGGCGGAUCUAAAAGUUGUUCUGUGACAUUUUCGAUCGAUCAACAUACGUUGAAUCUCGUGGCAUUGGAUGGGCACCGAAUAGAGCCGCAACAGGUUAAAUCUAUUAAGUUGGGCAGGGGUGAACGAGCAGAUUUUAUUCUGGAGACCAAAAGGGCGCCGAGGGCGUAUCCGAUUACGGUCGUAGCUGACAAAUCGUGCCAAGAAAAUUUAGAAGGCUUCGGCGAGCUAGUGUAUGAGACUAAGGAGUCGAAAGUGUUGCAUAAGGAUGAGGAUGUAGUUCUUGAAGUGGCCCGUGAAUUUUCAAGUGUUACAAGUGACCGGUGCAAGGAUGAGGAUAUGUUGUGCCUGAGCGAAGUGCGCGCAGCGGCUCCCUUGCCGACGGCGCUGACUGGGCCGCUCGACGAGACCAUCUACGUGCCUUUCAAUUACUCCACGAGACAAAUUUCAGCAAAACGAGUCGAGAGCUGGGGUCAGACGGACGGCCACCGGUUCACAUACCCCGCGUCUCCUCUCCUGACCCAGGGAGGAGACGUGGCCUCAGGCACCAUGUGCCCCCAAGGACCAGGGGAAGGAGACGAGUGCGUGCACGUCAAGAAUGUACCCCUGCAUUCUACCGUGGAGAUGAUCAUGUUCGAUCAAGGUGGCGAAUCAGACCACAUAUUCCACCUCCACGGCUACAGCUUCUACGUGGUCGGCGUCAAAGAGUUCAACAAGAGCCUCACCAUGGAAGAAGUGAAACAAAUGAACGAGGAUGGAAACCUGCUUACACGGAACCUUGAGGACCCUGUAAUAAAGGACACCAUAGUCAUUCCCAAGUUUGGUGUGGUAGCUUUACGUUUCAAGGCAGACAACCCUGGCUACUGGAUGAUGAGGGACGAACGAUCCACCCACUGGACGAGAGGGUUAGACUUCAUACUCAAAGUAGGAGAAGAAAGAGAUUUUGUUCAGGCUCCUUCAGACUUCCCCAAAUGCGGGUCUUACGUAGGACCCGAAUACUUCUUAAUAUAGUAUCGCAAAGUUACCAACAAGCCUCCGUAGGUAAUCAUUUUUGAUUGAUUAAUUAUAACUGAGAUACGAUUAAGUGUGGUUCAUGAGGCUGAUAAUAUUAAUGAGCUAGCAACGGUAUUUAGCUGAGUAGUUAUCAAUGUAUUGCUCAAUUAGUACCUAUUGUGAUAUUAAUAAAGCGUAGGAGUUUUUAUUAACAUGUAAUGUAUAGUCAGCGUCAAAUAGGUAGUUCGUGAAAUCGUGACACCCAAAGUAGUUUGUGUGCAAAGUAUGUUUGUGUAGUGUGUUGUCAACUUAUUGGACACUCUGGGUGUCACGAAUUAUUUGACGCUGACUGUACCUAGGCAGGUAAACAUAACAACCCAUUUGAUAGUGGUAAUGUUAUAGUAGAACCUAGGUAAAUAUCGGGUUGCUCUUGCUUCGCGGAGGUGAAACCUACAGUUGAACCUGAUUAAUAUUAUAUUGCUUGUUAAAUUAUUAUUAUUAGACAUAUCUAAUUUAUAAUGUUACCUGUAAAGUGUUGCUAGUUUUAGUAUGUAAGUUUAAUGUAAAUAAAAUGGUUUGUAUAACUGAGA